AUGAAAAUCCGGCGUUUUCUCAGCUUCACUGCUCUCGCAUUCUUGUGGACGGGCAGUCAACUCCCCGUUUAUCUGUUUGGUGUUAUUCUGCCGUAUGUAUAUGGAGAUAUCGGUGGCGUCGAUAAAUGGGUCUGGUUUAUUCUGGGAAAUUUGUUGUCUUUGGCUGGUGUUUGUCCCUUUGCUGGCUCUUUAUCGGAUUUAAUUGGCCGUCGAUAUGUUGCUCUCGUUGGGGCAUCCUUGGUGUCUAUUGGAAUGAUCGUUAGCAGCACCGCGAGUACAAUGAAUGCUUUUAUUGCACUGGCUGCAACGGCAGAGUUGGCCCCAACUCGAAAGAGAGGAAAAUACGUGGCGAUAUUAAUUUCCACCAUUCUCCCAUUUUGUCCUUCCGUCUUAUGGGCCCAAUUAAAUGCAUACCACAGUAGCUGGCGCUACGUCGGUGCUCUCUCUGCCACCUGGAAUGGUCUCGGCCUUAUCAUGACAAUUCUUUUCUACUUUCCUCCACCCCGCAUUAAUUCUAGAGGGUUGCAAAAGUCCGAGAUCAUCUCACAAAUAUAUUUCAUUGGUGGCAUUCUGAGCAUCUCUGGCCUAGUUUGCUUCUUAGCAGGAUUGCAAUGGGGCGGGUGUCAGGCAAGUUUUUAUUCCUGGUCCAGUGCACAUGUCCAUAUUCCAUUGGUUCUAGGAACAAUUCUACUUUUGACCUUUGCGAUAUGGGAGGUAUACGGUACGAAGCAUCCUAUAUUUCCAUCCCGUAUCAUACAAGAGCCUCGAGUUUUUGGCCUCCCCCUUCUCAUUACAUUCAUCUCUGGUGCGAACUUUUUCUCUGUUAUAAUGUUCUGGCCCACCCAGGCAUUCAAUGUCUAUAGCCACGAUCCGGUAGAAAUGGGAGUUCGCAGUCUUCCAAUUGGCAUUGGCAUUCUGGCUGGCGCUUUUAUCACUCUACGGCUUCUCAGUCUCUCCAAAGGACGCAUAAGAGAGCUGAUGAUCGGCAGUACGAGUUUGAUGGCAGCUGGAUGCGGUGCUAUGUCUAUUUCUCGACCCCAUAAUUUAUAUCAGAUGUGGGGGAUUCUUCUCAUUGCUGCUUUAGGUAUUGGUGGAAUCGUUGUUCCGGCAUCAAUCAUGAUGACCAUUGUAUGCCCAGAUGACUUAGUUGCUACAGUCUCCGCGCUUACAUUAUCCAUAAGGGUUGUUGGAGGAGGCGUAGGGUACGCGAUUUACUACAAUAUUUUAAUCAAAAAAUUUGUACCCAAUGCACAAUAUUACAUUGGAGGCGUGAUGAAUGAGAAGCUCAAUAUUACCAGCAUCCCUGCCAUAACAGCUGCCAUUCAGUUAACCGGUGCUUCUCUUCUUGACGGAUUACGUCAGAUCCCUGAAAUUGCUGGUAGCGAGCUGGUAUAUGAUGUGGUAGUAGCGGCUGGACAGAUCGCGUACGCUGAAAGUUAUCAAUGGGUUUAUUAUGUUAGCAUUGCUUUCGGGGGCCUUGCCUUUCUUGCCUCGUUUGGAUUGAAGAACAUCAGCAAGUAUAUGGACGAGCAUGUUGCAGUGGUCAUGAACUGA